AUGCAAAGAUACUCUUUUCAAGUGCCAAUUUCCAGACUUGGUACGUUCAUCGGCUAAAACACAAAGAGCGAUAAUAUCCUGCCAUGAAGAAAUCUGUUGUUUUUGUGUCUUAUCUCUAGCCUGGAACAAAGAAAAAAUUCCAAGGCCCCAUGAGGAAUCGAGCCACAGACCUUUCGGAUUCCGCUUCAGAGUACUGUACUCUACUGAGGACUAGGCGAUCAUUAAGUUUAUAUGUGACACUCAAUCGCCAUACUGCUGGGAUGAGCAAUGUCGAAAGCCCCGUGUGGUUAAAUAGAAACGGACAGUUGCUGGAUUUUAAGCUCGUUAUUGAAAUAAAGAAAGACCCAAGAAGUUCAUUCGUCACUCAGUUUAAAUCCUUAUCCUUUAUUUUUUGCAGGUACGAAAUAAGCUGGAAAACUGCUUUUACGCUGUAAAGAGGAUUCCUCUGAAUCCAACGAAUACUCAGUUAAACAAGAGGAUCAUGCGUGAAGUACAGCUGAUCAGCCGUCUGAAUCACGAGAGCGUCGUUAGGUGAGGAUGUAAUAGGGAGUUAAAGAAACGACAACGGCGACGCCAUGGACAACAUCGAUGACACAAUGAACUUAUAUUUUAACUUCGAAUCUCACAAUACUCUAAAGUCAUUUAGUUUGUUUCUCACUGUCAAAGCUAUCUCGAUAAUGAAUAUGGAACGCAGCGUUAAAUUAGAAAUAGAAAUUUAAAUUAUUAGCCGUCUGUGUUCACGUUUUUCAGACGCAGAGUUUGGUCAUUUCAAGUCACUGCUUUUUAGAGAACGCAAAGAAAUUUAUUAAGAUUUAUAACGCACGUCAGUGCACAGUCACUGCUCUGCUCAUUAAACCUUUUGUUUCCAUUGCCUUCGUGGUUUUCUUAAUCUUCCUGAUGAAUCAUUACUGGCGAAGUUAGCGUUUACGCACAAAUCGCGCGUAUAGACAGGCAACAAACUUUCGUGGGACAUGUAAACACAGAGUGAAUCUGCACAAGGGAGAAGAUUUGAAAUUAAAAAAAGUUCUAAUGAGAAUGGUAGGAAAAAUACCACUGAGUUAACACAUUGUCUAGUACAACUGUAUUACAGAAGGCUGGAUUUAAUUUUUUUUUAAUUCCCAGAAAGGAGAACAAGCAAAGUGAUUACGGGAGGGCAUUUUGAGUGUGGGUGAAUUUUGCUUGGUCCUCUUUUAAGCAAGUGCCUCUUUUUACGUCCGUAGCUGGGUGGUUUUACAAGUUCUAAUAACUGUUGUUAGUUUGGGAAGAAGAUUUGCAUUGAGUUAGUAAAGUGGUUGUCGUAAAGGAAAUUUUGACAAUGUGCAUUAUAAGGCGCCUUUAAAGGGAAACGGAGCGCAGUGCAUUACAAACUAUUAUGUAAUUUAUUAAUCUAUUAAAGCUGUACUUUAGUGGGAGAACGCUUAGCUCUCCAACCAGUCUACCAGCAUUCCACUCUUAUUAUCGACAAUAGAUAACCCAAAUCAAAUUUCAUCAUGGAGCAGAUAAACCAGUUGGUUGUUAGUUGGCUAUUGUCGAAGAGUCUCGCUAGGAACCACUAAAAACAAAUUAAACAGGUACUUACGGCGAGACUCGAACGCAGGAUCUCCGAAGCACUCGUCCGACCCGUUUACAACUGGUGGUUCACGCAGCCUUCUUAAUAGUUACAUUUUCCCUUCUGUAGAUAUUACUAUUCCUGGAUCGAAAUCGCUGAGGAACAGCAACAGGAAAAGGUUCAAACAGCAGACGGGAAACCUCCCAGGGACGUGCCAUCAUCUGUUUCAUCUGAAGAAAGUCUAAUGAAAUUCAAUAAGAUCGAAGCCCCAAGUGUGAGAGAAAGUAGAAGUGACGUAGAAGAAUCUUGG